UUCGUAUGAUAGCAGUAGCGCCACAGAUGUGCAUUGCCGACAUCAUGGUAAAUGUCGGCUAAAUUUUUAUAUUUAGAAAAUAUUAAAAAUAAUUAUUUAAAGAACAGUAUAAGUUUGUGAAAGUGUUCUUAAAAUGUAUUCAAAUGACGAAUACGAACAGGGGUAUGGGUUUAGUUCGUACGAUACGGACUAUGAAGCCCAUACAGGAGAUCCACAUUUAGACCUGGAAUAUGAUCGACAACAUUAUAGAAUGCCUGAAGUGGUUAAAAAAUUUUUAAUAUACUUCCGUAACGCAAUUAAUGAAGGAAUGAUGUUCGAAAUUCAAAAUAUGUACGAAAAUUCCAUUCCAAAGCUUACCCAAGAGUAUUUUGAAAAACGUCCAUGGCCUGAUGAUGAACUCGUUGCAGAAUUAUUAGUUGAAAAAGAUCCAGUCUUUAUGAUCUUGUAUCGGGAAUUAUACUUCCGUCAUAUUUAUGCCCGUAUUCAAGGAGGACCAUCAUUAGAACAACGAUUCAAUUCCUUCUAUAAUUAUUGCGAUUUAUUCAACUAUAUUUUGAGUGCUGAAGAACCAGUCUCAUUGGAAUUACCCGAUCAAUGGCUAUGGGAAUUAGUUGAUGAAUUUGUUUAUCAAUUUCAAUCAUUCGUACAAUUUCGUGCUCGUUUAAGUAAAAAAUCCGAAAAUGAAAUUGAACAAUUAAAUAACCAUCAUAAAGUAUGGAAUGUUCUUUGCGUUUUGAAUGUAUUACAUUCAUUGGUUGAAAAAUCGAAUAUUAAGCGUCAACUAGAAGUAUACGCUAGCGGUGGUGAUCCAGAUUCUGUAGCUGGUGAAUUUGGACGACAUUCCUUAUACAAAAUGUUAGGAUAUUUUUCACUUGUUGGACUUCUACGUUUACACUCCUUGCUCGGUGAUUACUAUCAGGCGAUCAAAGUUCUUGAAAAUAUUGAGUUACAUAAGAAAUCACAAUAUUCGCACGUACCCGCAUGUCAAAUAUCAACAAGUUAUUAUGUAGGCUUUGCUUACAUGAUGAUGAGACGUUAUUCGGACGCUAUACGUACAUUUAGCUCAAUCUUAUUGUACAUACAACGUACAAAACAAUUAUUUAGCUCUCGUAGCUAUCAAAAUGAUCAAAUUAAUAAGCAAACAGAUCAAAUGUAUCACUUGCUCGCCAUUUGUUUAGUUUUACAUCCACAAUGUAUCGAUGAAUCAAUUCAACAAGUUUUACGUGAGAAGAACUAUCAUGAGAAAAUGUAUAAAAUGCAAUAUGGUGAUUUGGAUGAAUUUGAAAAUUGUUUUGUAUUUGCAUGUCCUAAAUUUUUGUCACCAUGUCCACCACCUGCUGAUGAACCACCAGAGGAUUAUGUAAAAGAAGCGAUUAAACAUCAAACACAGGUGUUUAUGGAUGAAGUUCAACAACAAAAAAUGUUGCCAACAAUUCGUAGUUAUCUGAAAUUGUACACGACAUUACCAUUAAGUAAAUUAGCGACCUUCAUGAGUCAAGGACGUGCUGCCGAUUCAUCUAAAUGGGAUAUUAACAAAGAAGUGAAAGCAUUAACAAUUCAUUUGCUUUGCUUUAAACAUAAAAUGAAGAAUAUUGUGUGGACAAAAGGUGCAUCCGGUUUAGAAGGAAAGUUUCAAUCUGGUUCGGAAUUGGAUUUCUAUAUUGAUAAUGAUAUGAUACAUAUUGCCGAUACUAAAGUUGCAUCACGAUAUGGUGAUUUCUUUAUACGAAAAAUAUUAAAAUUUGAGGAUUUAAAUCGAAAAUUACAUCAUAUGAAAAUUUAAAUUACAUAACUAUCUGUGUA